AUGGAUAAGGUUCCCGUUCGAGUUGACGGAAGAUUCAGGCUAGGAGACAUUUUGGGAUCUGGCUCAUAUGCUGUCGUGUAUCGCGUACGGAACAUCAUAAAGAAUGAUGCAGUUGCCGUCAAACUUGAACCCAUCACCCAUUCAUCAUCUGUCCAGCACGAAUACAAUAUUUUGAAACACCUUGAAGGUGGUGUUGGUAUUCCUCGUGCCCUCUGGUUCGGUAGGGAGUCGACAUAUCAUGCUCUCGUUCUCGAUCUCCUUGGGCCAUCCUUGCACAGUCUCUUCCUUUCUCACAGCCGAAAAUUCAGCCUUGAGACUGUCAUAAAUCUAGGGGAUCAGCUGCUUUCAUGUCUUGAAUACGUUCACUCGCACAAUUAUAUUCACGGUGACAUUAAACCACAAAACGUUGUUCUGGGUCUUGGCGAUUUGAGGCACACCGCCUUCAUCAUUGAUUUUGGUAUCGCGAAGGAAUUCUGGAAUAUGACAACCAGUGUCCAUAUACCGUUUCGCCAAGGUCAACGUCUCACUGGCACUCCUGCGUUUGCGUCAAUCAACAAUCACCUGGGAGUUGAACCAGGUGUUACGAACUAG